AUGAAAGCCAGCCAACUGUAAUCAGAGAGAAACCAACAGAAUUGGAAAAGAGAGGAGGAGAAAGACAGACAGUCAAGCAGAAACCCAGCCCAUCAAGCCUCUGAACGGUUUCCUGUUGCCUCCUCCUUCUGAGACAUUUAGAUUCCUUCAGAUCCUUGAGAGAGGCUGAAGUUUUCUCAGCUCCACUGCCCUCUCCUUGAGACUUCACAGAAAGAUGCGGGCUUGGAUUUUCUUCUUCCUCUGCCUGGCAGGCAAGGCCUUGGCAGCACCACAGGAUGCUCUGCCAGAGGAGAUGGAAGUAAUAGAAGAUCCUACAACAGAGGAACCUGUGGGAAUCAACCCUGUUCAGGUAGAGGUUGGAGAGUUUGAGGAGCCCACUGUGGAUGUGGAAGAGGUUGUUGCUGAAAACCCUUGCCAGAACUAUCACUGCAAGCAUGGCAAAGUCUGUGAACUGGACGAAAACAACACCCCUAUGUGUGUGUGCCAGGAUCCUUCCAGCUGCCCAGCCAGCACUGCAGUGUUUGAGAAGGUGUGUGCUACUGACAACAAGACCUAUGACACCUCCUGCCACUUCUUUGCCACCAAAUGCACUUUGGAGGGAACCAAGAAAGGACACAAGCUCCACCUGGACUACAUUGGGCCUUGCAAACUCAUUCCUCCCUGCCUUGAUGCUGAGCUGAGUGAAUUUCCUCUGCGUAUGCGUGACUGGCUGAAGAAUGUACUGGUCACCCUGUAUGAGCGUGAUGAAGACAACAACCUGCUAACUGAGAAGCAGAAACUCAGGGUGAAAAAGAUCCACGAGAACGAGAAGCGCCUGGAAGCCGGUGACCACACUGUGGAACUGCUGGCCCGUGAUUUCGAGAAGAACUACAACAUGUACAUUUUCCCAGUGCACUGGCAAUUUGGUCAGCUGGACCAACAUCCCGUUGAUGGGUUCCUGUCCCACACUGAGCUGGCCCCACUGAGAGCUCCCCUCAUUCCCAUGGAGCACUGCACCACUCGCUUCUUUGAGACAUGUGAUCUAGACAACGACAAGUACAUCGCUCUCAGUGAAUGGGCCAGUUGCUUUGGCAUUAAGGAGAAGGAUAUUGACAAGGAUCUUGUGAUCUAAAUUCAGCAGCUUCUGCUUCUGUUACCUACAACUCCCGUGUUUUCUUUCCUUUUUUAACAGUUUGGGGUUUUUGGUUGUUUUACCGGGGACAAGGUGCUAAUAUAGAUCUAAACUUAUAUAUUAACGGUGCUAAAAAAAAAAAAGAGACAGAAAAUUGUUAGUAGCCUAAUCUAUACCACUAGAUUACUCUGCUCAUGCACUCAUCUUUGUGUUUCUGUUGACCUCUUGAUUCGAUAAUAUCAGUAGAGAAAAAAUCUACUUCUUUUAAAAGUAUUGACCCCUUCUCCUGCCCCACUCUUUUUCUAACUUUUUUUUUUUAUCUUAAUACAUUUUUGGCUAUUUAACUCUCAGGCUAAGGAACUCCAGACCGAUUAGCUUCCUGAUUUCUAGAAAGCAAGUAAAGGAAGGUGUACCAAAAUGGGUGUUGAGAGACUGGGCUUUACAAAGUCAAGUGGUGCAAUUGUUUUAUGAAAGUUUAGGUGAUCUGGAUUUUAUUCAUUAUUAGAGUGGAAAGAGAGUACAUUGGGCAAGGUCUGCAAAAUCCAGAAUGGUGACUAUAAAUUCUACAGUUCUUGAAUGUAACAAUAAUUGGGCACAGGCUCACACAAAAGUUAGUCUUCAAGCAGAGAGCAACUGAGAUGUAAGAAAAAAAUUAAGUCUUGUUAACUCCCACCUUUUAAAAUAAAAAGUUUUAAAUGCUACAUGCUUCAUUGCUGUGCAGGGACUGUAUUGCUAGUUCCUGUGUUUACCAUACUUUUAAAA